AUGAUGGACUGUGCCGACAGGGUCCUGUCCAACAAUGUUGAAUCAUUUCGUUGGUUGGUAAUCGAUAAUGGAUCAAGUCUGCAUGAUAUCACCGAUAUCUUAACAUUCUUUGAAGAGAUCAUCGUGGAGGACAUAAUUGUGAUUGGAGACUGCGCGCUACUCAAUGAUCAAGCUGCACUUGAAUAUUCAAUCGACGACUUCCUUCGAUCCAACAGAGUGUGGAGCUACCUCUAUGAGUCUAACGACGCGUUCAAUCAACGAUGUCAGUCAUCAUCAUCUUCGUCAUCGUCGUCUGGCAUCCUCGUACAUCUUCGCAAGACCAAGCCAGGAAAGAAGUCUCAGUUCUACAAACAUAUUGAGUUGUAUCAAUACCCUUUUGAAGCAAGUCGGCGACGCAUUGUCAUUGGCAAUCACACUUCAAAGUCAAUGUCAAGGUCUAGAUCCGACACAUGUCGACAUGGUCGUAUGUUGAUACAUGAGUUGGGACCACGAGGAAUGUUCGCAACACUACACAUGCUGGCCUAUGCCAUGUCUCGUUCAUUUGAAUGGCAUCGAACCCUUCUCAUUGACGACCAUGAGUUUGCCUACAUCACCAACAACUGGACCGAUCUAUUCCUUCCUAUUUCUAGCUGCACACUUAACGACAUUGAUCACGUGAGCAAGAACAAUAGACAGGUGGUCAAUCAUCUUUUGGAACAACAUUAUAAUGAUAGCAAUCAGGUGGCCGUUGUAACAAAGGACUAUUUGGUGUACGCACGCUUCAUCACGAGCUACAGGUAUCCGAAUGAUUGGUUCGACUCGGCACAAGCUUACCGAUCAUAUCUGAUGGACUGGUUGCUGCGGCCAAGUGCACCCACUCGGCUCUACAUCGCCAAGUCCCGAUUGUUUCUGUGGGGCGGCAAGCCACCUAGCACCUGCAUCGCCAUGCAGAUACGCAACGGUGACAAGGCCAAUGAGACAGGAGUGCCACCGCCCACGCUCGGUCAGUACAUGGACGUGUUGCAAGAGUUCACGCUCAAUGGUACGCGUUACCUCGAUGUCUUUGUGAUGACCGACAACGACACUGUGGUGGAGGAGCUACGUCGCACGCAACUUCAUCAACCCUACCGCUUCCACUUCUUGCCCAAUGUCCAUCGAAGUGAUGCGGACAUUGCAGCACAGUUGAGUAACACUCGACAGAAGGAUAUAGCAGCGACACCUCCACAUGUGAUGGGUAUGGAGGUGUUGGCUGAAGUAUUGCUAGCCAGUGAAUGUAACCUAUUCAUCGGCACACUCUCGUCCAAUGUUGGUCGGGCAAUCAUUGAACUGAUGAGGGCCAAGAACCAUGAUCCAUCCCUCAAGUCAAUCUUCUGGCGGAGCGUGGACAACUCUACAUGGGUAGCCAAUCCCUAA